CAUAACAGAGAGCCUACUUGGACUAUAUUUAGAAGCUAGAGCUAACUAUGCACUUGUAAAUGGAAGUCUUACCUACCACGCUGUCCGUGAUGAUGUUGCUUUAGUAACAAUAGAGCAAGAUAAAGAUUUUGAAACAUUGGAACGGGUUUGCAGAGAUAAACCACUGGAAGGCUCAUACAUUAAUGUCUUUUCUGUUCCAAUAUCAAACUGCAUCCUCGUUUCAAACAUUUCCGACAAUGUCACCAAAGAGAUGAUUAAACUUUUCUUUGAAAGUACACAGAGGAGCAAUGGUGGACCAGUAAGCAAAGUCGUGAUGUUCAAACCCCAAGGAUUUUGUUUGGUUUACUUUAAUGAUUACAAAACUGUGGGAUACGUUUUAAACAAAAGGCAGACAUUGUGUGGAAAUGUAAUAGAAGUGAAAAGAUACAUUCCAUGUGUUGCGAGAGCAGAAGAAGAUUCUGUUCAUUGCAUACAUCGAUUUAGUGACCCUAUUGUGAUCAAUGUGAGUCCAUUAAAAAUCCGAUUUAUCGAAACUUCGCAAUUUGCUAGAUUAGCGCUUGAUGCGCAGAUGAACAUGUGCUUUGCAGCAUUUGCCUUGUCAAAAGAAACUCUAUCAGUAGAAAUAACUUGUACAUUGACGAAUGAAAUGAAAGACUGUAUUGAAUUGGCAUCCAACUGGAAUCACAACGUACAACAAAAUUUCAAUGGUUUUAUGAAUAAUUUAUGUGAACAAGACAUACCUGUGAUGCAAGAGAUCUGGGAGAAAAUCACACCAAAACUCUCUGAAGUUUCUGUAGAGCAUCCCGAAGCGGCUGCCGUCUAUUUAUCAAAAGAAGACGGUAAAAUAACCGUUGUUGGCAUGAAGCAUGUUGCUGAACCUCUCAUCGAAAGCAUUGGUGCCAUCAUUGACUUGGCUUCAGAUGAGUUUGUUAAAGAGGAACAUUGGACAAGAGAAACUGUAACGGGACUACAACAAAUUCAAACACGGAUGCUUCUUGCGGACAAAUUUCCGACAAAAAUGGAAGAAACUUUUCCUGACAUCAAAGUUAAAAUAAAUCAAGGGAAGAACGAAAUUAUUAUCGAAGACAGACUCUUUGGAGGAAAAACACAGCGAGUUGAAUUCAAAAUAUAG